AUGCGUGUUAUCGGCCUGACAGGAGGGAUAGCGAGUGGAAAGAGCUGCGUGUCUAACAGAUUCCGCGCCCUUGGGUACCCCGUGGUUGACGCGGAUGCCAUCGCCCAUGGCGUGCUCGAGAAGGGGACAAGUAGUUAUCAUCGGGUGUUGAGGGCGUUCAAGGAUCAUGACAUUGUUGACUCCUCGGGGAAUAUCAACAGGGCGGCGUUAAGAAAGCUUGUCUUUGGCAAUCGUGAUCUGAACCGAAAGCUGAAGCAAUGCACGCACACGUCUAUUGCACUUGAGAUGCUUCGACAGGUCGUGAUCCAAGGGCAGCCUGUUGUCAUCCUAGAUGCUCCACUGCUCUUUGAAUCGAGAGCGAAUCUCCUUUGCAAGGAAGUCAUCUGUGUAUAUUGCGAAGAGGAUGUACAGAUCUCAAGGUGUGUACCGAUGGAUUGGUGGCUUGACAAUGACGAACGUUCUUGCGCGUUGUUGCAGAUCUCGUCGCAGAUGCCUGUCGCAAAGAAGAAGGCAAUGAGCGACAUCUGCAUCGACAACGGAGGGACGCUUGAGGACCUUAACCGGUGA